CUUGGGAAUGUAAACAUCGCGCAUGCGCAAGCUACGGACAGCGGUGCUGGUUGUAGGUGAUAAUCAUGGCGGAGCUAGACAGCGACAAUUUUCUUUGCUUGUCUCCGGAGAUUGUGAAAGCGCAUAAGGCCAUCCUGCAAAAUGAAGACCUGUUUUCUCCCUCCUUCUGUAAAGUCUGCAGUGCUGUCCUACAUUCCAACAAGCAGAGGUGGAGCCAUUAUAUGGGCAGAAAACACGCCAACAAAGUGCGGCAGUAUACCUCCCUGCAGAACGAGAAAGAGCUCCUCCAUAAGAAGCAGAAAACAUCCGAGUCUGAUGAGAGCAAUGGCGACUUGGACAGAACGAAGGCCUGUCAGUUAUGUAACACUAUCUUCACCUCUAAAGCUGUGGCCGAGUCUCACUAUCAGGGCAAAUUUCACGCCAAGAGGCUGAAAAUGGAAAUGACCGACGUCCAGCCCGCAGGCAGAGCCUCCACGGCAGAGGAACCAAAGGAAAAACCCGGAGGGGUUAUAGCUACCGUGAAGACGAAGGACGACAACCCAGAACGCUUUUGCUCCAUCUGCGACGCCAGCUUCAACAACCCGCUCAUGGCAGAGCAGCACUACGUGGGCAGAAAGCAUAAGAAACGAAUGACCCGGGUCAAACUGAUGGAGACGUACGGCUUCUCCUCCGCACAAGCUCCCACAUUGCUGAGCUUCAAGUGCGUCCUCUGCAACAUCGAGGUCAACUCUAUUAGUCAGUACCAGUCCCACCUGAGCGGUGCUAAACAUAGAAACCAAAUGAAGAAAUCGGGUGUGAAGAACACAACAGAAAACCAACAGUCAGCAGAAGAAAUGCAGGGAGGCAGCAAGCCCAGAGACGACCAGAAGACACCUGCAGACGACGAGUACACACCUGCAGACGACGAGUACACACCUGCAGAGUACACACCUGCAGACGACGAGUACACACCUGCAGACGACGAGUACACACCUGCAGACGACGAGUACACACCUGCAGACGACGAGUACACACCUGCUGACGACAAGUGCACACCUGCAGACGACGAGUACACACCUGCAGACGACAAGUACACACCUGCGGAUGACCACAACACAACUGCAGAUGACCAGUACAAACCUGCUGGUGACCAGUACUCUUUUGCAGUCGACCGGUACACACCUGCGGACGACCGGUACACACCUGCGGACGACCAUUACACACUUGGGGACGACAAAUACACAGCUGCUGGUGGCCAGUACACUUCUACAGUAGACCGGUACACACCUGCGGAUGACCAGUAUUGUUCUGACGAAGACCAGUUCUCUCUUGAAGAUGAACAAUCUGCAGCUCCAUACCAGUACACCCCAGAAAACGGCGAGUUCUCCGAGCUGCAGCAGUACACCUGACACUGGACUUCAGGAGAAACGCCGCAAACAGUCAACAAGCAUCCCCCUUUACCGCACUAUGGAACCCCAGCAGACCUUCUGUCCUGCAGUUUAUCUCCUUCUCCUUUUAUUUCUGUGCAACCAUCAGAAGUAAACUUCAGAGUGGAUUCUGGAAAACAGUCAUGGUGUUUCAUUUUUCUCACUUUGAGGUUGUUCCAGACUGACCGGAGCAGAGCUCUUUGACAGAUGUCCACUGGAAUUUCAUCUUCAUCCGUUUCUGUCCAUCGCUUUAAUAAAACAUGAGAGGAUUUUUAAAAAGUAACUGCUCUUGUCAGAAUGCACGUCUCAUGCUUAGUGCUUGCAGAUGCUGUCAAUGUGAAUCAAAAAUACAAAAUAAUAAAACAUGGGAUUGUUGGAAAAAA